AUGUCAAGCUUCGCAUCCAUCUCUGAGUACUUGAAGUGGCUAGUCCUCUUAGCUCCAAUGGUCGUGGCUACCUCGGAUGUUUCGCGAUGCACUUGGACAGUCUCUUGGGCUGAGGACGGAAGCAUGCGGGAGGGCGCUCAGGAAGUCUGCGAAGGCCUUACAGUUGCGCAGGUCGUAGAAAUCAGUCUAGGCAUCUCAAUUGGAACGCUCCUCCUUUCGGGCGUCGUCGCCCUCGUGUAUCGUCGAUUCCGUCGCCAAAAUCCGCCUCCAUUCCGCCGGGUUUCUGCAACCGCUUGGCCGAUAACCCGUCACAGUCGGCGCCCAGUGUUCCAGCCCUUGGGCACCCCGGCUGCCGAGUCGGUCUGUGACCUCAAGCCUCCCGAAAAAGCCGUCUAUCACAUCUAG